AGAGAGUUCUGCAUUUAUAACGAGAGGCAGAGAGAAAGAGAGAGACAGCGUUUUGGUAGCGGAUGACAAGCCGUUGCUGAAAGUGUUGGCUAAGAUUCUUGUUUAAUCCAAGAUUAGAUCAUUUAUGGCUGCCUCUUCUUCUCUUCUCUUUACCUCGCUUCUGGUUCUUCUCACUUUCGCAGAUUCAUCAGUGCAAGUCCUUGGGCUUGGAGUUGGAAUCAACUAUGGCCAAAUAGCAAACAAUCUUCCAUCUCCAACCCGAGUCUCAUACCUCCUCAGAUCCCUCAAUAUCAGCAGAGUUAAACUCUAUGAUGCAGAUCCCAAUGUUCUUGUUGCUUUCUCCAACACAAAUGUCGAUUUCAUUAUUGGAUUAGGGAACGAGUACCUUCAAAACAUGACCGAUCCAAUCAAAGCUCAAAACUGGGUUCAACAGCGAGUUCAACCCUACCUUUCUCGGACCAGGAUCACUUGCAUCACUGUGGGGAAUGAGGUCUUCAAAUACAAUGAUCAUCAGCAGUGGUCUAACCUCCUCCCAGCAAUGCAAACAGUUUAUAAUACCCUUGUCGAUCUUGGCCUCGAUAAACAAGUAUCUGUUACUACCGCACAUUCGCUCGAUAUCUUAAGCGUGUCAUUCCCUCCGUCGGCUGGGGCUUUUAGGCAAGAUCUCGGGGAAUAUUUACAUGGUAUCUUGAACUUCCAUGCUCAGGUCAAGUCGCCAGUCUUGAUCAAUGCGUAUCCGUAUUUCGCAUACAAGGAUAACCUGAAUGAGGUGCCAUUAGACUAUGUGCUUUUCCAACCUAAUCAAGGGACAAUGGAUCCUUUUACCAAUUUGAAAUAUGAUAAUAUGUUGUAUGCUCAAGUUGACGCUGUUUAUUCGGCAAUAAAAGCACUGGGACAUACGGAUAUUGAAGUCCGGGUUUCCGAGACAGGCUGGCCUUCCAAAGGGGAUGAAAAUGAAGUAGGGGCUACACCGGAGAACGCAGGAUUGUAUAAUGGCAAUCUGUUGAAAAGGAUAGAACAGAGACAAGGUACACCGGCAAAACCAAAUGUCCCGAUUGACAUAUUUGUUUUUGCUCUUUUCAAUGAGAAUCUAAAGCCUGGUCCAGCAUCCGAGAGGAACUACGGUCUCUUCUAUCCGGAUGGUACGCCGGUUUAUAACAUCGGAGUUCAGAGUUAUCUCCCGGAGUUGAUAUAUUCAUCCGGUAGCACAACU